AUGCCAAAGAAUACCGAGAGUGAGAAGCUUGCCUUCAACGCCAAGGGCAUCGCGACUGCCCAUGGCUUCUCAGCUCCCGAGCAGCAGCGACUCGAAGACGCUCUGCGCAACUCGGCUCGGAUCGUGGCGCCAACCAAGAAAGGCGCAGCUCGCACCGCUCUGUACACGACACACAUGGACCACAUCAUCACUCGGUUCGAAAGUGAAUGGCAAUGGGGCCAGGCUACUCAGAAGUGGACCCAAAGCUCCAUCAGGAAGGUCUUGAGCAAUUACCUGUUCGCCGUCAAUCAUCCAACCACAACCAAGGUGACAACCGGCAGAAAGACGGCAAAGAAGACGGCAAAGAAGACGCGUGCUCUGAAGCCUGCGCUCGGCGUUUCGAAAAACGCUCUGCCUUCGAUCAAAGAAGAGAGUACAGGACAGCCAUCUCUAGGACGCCCACGCAAGCCGUUCAACGACCAGCUUGCCGCGUUCAAACCUAUCAACAGCCCGUCCGAAAAAGCUCAGUCACAAUCUCCCACGGACUCUAUGAUGGCGUCUGCCGAGGAGGCUGCCAUGUAUCCGUUUGUGAAAAUCGUUCUGGUAGUGGAGCCAAGCCACUCUGAUCCGGAUGGUCGUAUCAUGAUGUCGUUCCCAUUAUGGCGUUGUCAAGCACAAGUUGACGGCAGAGACGCACCCUCUACAUGGCUCAAAGACUGGGUUGACCUGUCCUUUUUCGACUUCCUGCGUCAGCUCAGAGGGGAGAACGUCAUGAACGAUGAGGAGGAGAUCGUAUGGGGGGAGUUCAAUCAAGUCGUCACGAGCGACAUGACGUUCGCUGGUGCAGUCCAAGAACAGUUACAAGACGCAUCGUACAACGGCUCGGCUCCAAACGAGGCCACAUUCAUGGUCAGGAUGAUCAACAUGCACCUGAGCUGCGGUCUGGAACUACGCGGAAUGAGUGAUGGCAUUGCUGGCGAAGCAUGCUGGGAUCGCUGA